AUGGCAAUUCUCAAAGAAGACUCCUCAUAUACCCAUAUAAUCGCUAUAGACUUCGGAACUGGUGCAUCAGGCUACGCAAUAACUCCUCGUCUCAAAGAAAACGGCAAAGCGCGCAUCGAAGUUUUUAAUCCAUGCGAUGACACAGACGAUCAAAAGGCAAUCACAGCAAUUCUCUUCGACUCCAACUUCAAAUUCCUGGCUUUCGGCUCCCAAGCACUCCAACAAUACGCAGAAAUCAUUGAUGACGGCGACAACGCUUUGCUAUUCCAAACUUACAAAAUGCAUCUGCUCCAUCUUCACAGCAACGCUGUCUCUGUAGAUGGUCGUGAAAUGCCCCUUAUGAAAGUAAUUUCUGACUCCCCCCCCUUAAAUUGGAACAAAAUAUCGGUAAAAUUUCCACUUUUUUGGUAAAUUAACCCCCCUUUUAAAUUGGAACAAAAUUUAAUUUUAUAAUAAAAAAUUAUAUAUAAUUUUUAUCUAAAAAGUUUUGAUAUAAGUUAAAUGUUUCUUCUUAACUAAAAUUAAAAAUUUAUUUAUAUCUUGCUCUUUUUUAAAGAAAAAAGGUAUAAAGAGCAUCUUAUUUAAAUAAAUUUAUUAUUCUUAAUUGGUAAAUUUUAAAAAAAAAAUUAAUUUUUUUUUUUUAAAAAUUUUUCAAAACAAUUUUUGUUUUUUUUGAUAAAAAAUGAUAUUUUUUAUUUGGAUAGUUUUGAUAUAAAUUCAAUAGGAAUUCUUUAUAAAAUUUAAAAAUUUACUUAUUUCUUGCUUUAUUUUAAAGAAUAGAGUAUAAAUAACAUCUUAUUCAAACAAAAUUUAGCACUUUGAUCGAUUUUUUUUUUUUUUAAUUUUUUUUAUCAAUAAAAAUAAUAAUUUUUGUGUAAAUAAUUUUGAUACCAAUUAAUAGUGGCGUAUUAACUAAUAAUGAAAAUUUAGUUAUAUCUUGCUUUAUUUUAAAGGAUAAAGAGUAAAUAGCGUUUUAUUAAGCAAAUUUAUUGAUCUAAUUCGAUAAGUUUUUGAAUUUUUUUUUUUUAAAAAUUUUUAUAUCUUUUAUAAAAAAUUUUAUAUUGAUAUUUUUUUUAAAAAAAACAAAAUAACGCCCCUUUAAAUUGGAACAAAAUUUUUUAGUUCCAAUUUAAAGGGGGGGGGAGUGAGACUCUUCGAUUUAUCUCUGACAAAGCUAUCCAGAAACUAUCAGAGCAAGUGGGAAAAGUCAUAAAAACAAAAAUCAUGUGGGUUUUAACAGUCCCAGCAUUAUGAAGUGAAGAGCAUAAGCAGUUCAUGAGAAACGCUUGUGUGGAAGCAGGGAUUAUUACAGAGCUGAAUUCACCAAAUUUACUGCUGUGUUUAGAGCCUGAAGGAGCUUCAAUUUCGGUUAGAGAAGACAGUGAAGAAAGCAUUAAGCAGCAAAUGAAAAAAGAUACAGUGGUGAUGGUGCUUGAUUGUGGAGGAGGAACAGUGGAUAUCACAAUUCAUAAAUUACUAUGUGAGCCCGAAGAAAAAUUUUUGUGCGAAGAAUUAUUGCCAAGCAGUGGAGGCUGCGAAUGGGGGUCGAAGUUUGUGGACGUGUAUUUUGAAGAGUUUCUAAAAGAGUUCUUUGGAGAUGAACUGUUUGGAAGAUAUAUGAGAAACGCUGUAGGAAGACUUGAUAUCUUAAAACACUUUGAAAUGCUUAAACGGAAAUUCUGCCCUGGAAUUGAUGAAAGAUCGAGGUUGCAGCUAAGCUAUAUGGGAGAAGAUUUAACUGCACAAAUAUUGUCAAGCUUAGUAAAAAACUACAACAAAUCCCACCCUCCAGAAUUUGAGCUUAAGCAGAGAGGGUCGUCCAGCUUAGACCUUCCGACUCCUCUUAUGGCUUCAUUCUUCCAGCCUCUAUUUGAAAAUAUCAAGUCCAAAGUAGCUCAGCUUGAAUCUCAAGUCCUCAACAAAAACGAGCAGCUUGGCUUCAUCUUUAUGGUCGGUGGGUUUUCUGAAAGUCCUUUCCUUAAACAAGAAAUAAAGAAACAGUUCGAAACUGAAAAACUUCAAGUUCUUGUUCCUCGGCGUCCUCAAGUAAGUGUGGUCCGAGGGGCAUGCUUAUUUGGCCUCGACCCUCAUUCCAUUACUUCUCGCAUUGUCAAGAGAACUUAUGGGAUCAACACCCUCACUACUUUUGACCCAGAGCGGCACCCAGAAACCAAAAAAGUGAUAAUUGAAGGGGAAGAGUUCUGUGAAGACGUUUUCGAUCCUUUUGUGAGAGCUGGAGACUCUGUAGGCGCUGAAGAAGUGCAUACAAAGACCUAUUGUCCAGUGAGGUCCAGACAAACAGUUAUGAGGAUCAUUUUUUACUGCACUGAUUCUAGAGAUGUAGAUUUCGUAGAUGAGGAGGGAGUCGAGCAGUUAGGAGAACUGACUAUCGAUAUAGGAAGGCCUUUCCAGUCAGUUGAAGAUAAAACUGUUAAAGUCACACUAAGAUUCGGAAGCACCCAUAUUUAUGCUGGAGCGACUAAUAAAGAUGGGACUGAGAUUAGGAACUGCGAAUUUAGAUUUGAUGACUCGUAA